CUCCCCCCCCCGCCCCCUCCCCGCAAGCCUUUUGCUCCUUUCCUUUCAUUAAACAAACAGGAGAUCCUGAAACCUGGACCCUGCGCAAGCGGCUGCGCCGGGAGGAGGCGGAGGAGGAGGAGGCAGAGCGCGGGAUGGGCGCCCGGCGGGUUCCCUGAUCCCGCGCACCUCCGCCCCACGGGCGCGCGCGCACACUGACACACACAUACACACACUCGCACAAACACACUCGUACACGCCCGCGCCGCGCGCUCGCCGGCUCGCUCUCCCACGCAGGCGGAAUGCAGCAGCGCCCUGAAAGCGUGUCUCCGGCCGCUGCCUGAAUGCACCUCGCUCCCGGGAGCCGGACGCACGGGAGGACGCUCCGUUGCGGGAGCCUGGACAAUUUUAGACGGUACAGUCUUGCUACGUGGUGUGAGAGAUGGCUGUAGGAAACAACACUCAACGAAGUUAUUCCAUCAUCCCGUGUUUUAUAUUUGUUGAGCUUGUCAUCAUGGCCGGGACAGUGCUGCUUGCCUACUACUUCGAAUGCACUGACACUUUUCAGGUGCAUAUCCAAGGAUUCUUCUGUCAGGACGGAGACUUAAUGAAGCCUUACCCAGGGACAGAGGAAGAAAGCUUCAUCACCCCUCUGGUGCUCUAUUGUGUGCUGGCUGCCACCCCAACUGCUAUUAUUUUUAUUGGUGAGAUAUCCAUGUAUUUCAUAAAAUCAACAAGAGAAUCCCUGAUUGCUCAGGAGAAAACAAUUCUGACUGGAGAAUGCUGUUACCUGAACCCCUUACUCCGAAGGAUCAUACGAUUUACAGGUGUGUUUGCAUUUGGACUUUUUGCUACUGACAUUUUUGUAAAUGCUGGACAAGUGGUCACUGGGCACCUAACGCCAUACUUCCUGACCGUAUGCAAACCGAACUACACCAGUACAGACUGCCGAGGGCACCAACAGUUCAUAAACAACGGGAACAUCUGCACCGGAGACCUGGAAGUGAUAGAAAAGGCUCGAAGGUCCUUUCCUUCCAAACACGCUGCUCUGAGCAUUUACUCCGCCUUAUAUGCCACGAUGUACAUUACAAGCACAAUCAAGACAAAGAGCAGUCGGCUGGCCAAGCCAGUGCUGUGCCUUGGGACCCUCUGCACAGCCUUCCUGACAGGCCUCAACCGGGUCUCAGAGUAUCGGAACCACUGCUCGGAUGUCAUCGCAGGCUUCAUCCUGGGCACUGCUGUGGCCCUGUUUCUGGGAAUGUGUGUGGUUCAUAACUUUAAAGGAACGCAAGGAUCUCCUUCCAAACCCAAACCUGAGGAUCCCCGUGGAGUACCCCUAAUGGCUUUCCCAAGGAUAGAAAGCCCUCUGGAAACCUUAAGUGCACAGAAUCACUCUGCCUCCAUGACCGAAGUUACCUGAGACGACUGAUGUAUCACACACUGUUUUUUAAAAUUACCUUCCAAUUCGAUACUUCAAAACACACAAUUACCCAAUGUCAAACUGUGACAACCAAUAUUAUGCUUAUCUAGUUAGAGGCUAAUGUUUUGUACAUUUUUUGUAUGAGGAAGUGAUGUAGCUUGCCCUGAUUUUUUUUUUUUUUUUUUUUGGUCAGCUUUAAUAUAUUUAUGCCAGAAUUUUAAAACCAACAACAUCUUCUUCUUGUUCAAGUAUGCAUUGAAGAACCACAUUUAUUUAAUGGCUGAAGUUGUUUUGUGAUAUUUGAACACAAGUCUUCCUUUCUUGGUUUUAUAAACACAGAUAAUACCUAUCACAAUUCACUUUAAACUUUUAUUACCACAGUUGCUGCCUCCUCCAGAAUUUUUGAAUUUUAAUGAAAGUUAAACUUUUGAGUUGCAGGAAGGACAAUGUUGGUUAAUGGUAAUUCUCAAAAGUCAAUUGUGGAAAAAAAAUCAUCUUCAAAAAGAACUUUGCAUUCUAAUCUCUUAACAGGUUGUUACACUCAAAGUUAAAGAAAUACAUGAAUGAAAUCAACUAGUUACACUAACUAGUUGUUACUAGUUAGUCAGAGAAUACUGAUGUGGGGGGUAUUGGGGUUAUAUGAUUCUUUCUUAGAUAAUGGCCUCGCCCACCUGGGAACUCAAGACCUUCCUGGAAUCAUGCCCUUGGGCAGGCAGGUGACACUGUAACUUUCUUCCCAAAAAACAGCCAACACCAGCCUCCCUUGUCAACUCAACAGUUUUAUAUAUCAUAUUGUAUGAACUUUAUAUGAAAAUGAAUAUUUUACAGUUUGCGCAGUAUUAUUUUACAGUUUGCGCAGUAUUAUUUUACAGAAAGGGAAUCAGAGCAUCUACAACAGAGCAACAACUUCACUUUGUGGCUUUUAAUUGUUCUAGACUUUUAACUGCAUCUCAUUUUUCUAGCAUGGUGAUAACUAAUGUGUAACUCCUUUCAGAGAAGGAGCUCCUUUGUCUUUUGUCAGAAUGUUUUCUUGACACUUCCAUGUUGGCUCUUCUUAGCUUUUUUUGUACAUAUUUUUUUUCUAAAGAGAAGAAAAAGUUAUCACAAAACAUA